AUGAAGAUUUCUCUAUUACCACUGCUGUUUGGGCUUGCAAAGUGUCUGCGCGCUCCCAGCCAGUGCUCAAAGCCUGGCCAGAUUGCCCUUGUGUUCAGCGACGGGCCUGUUGAAACCAGCCCGGACUUGGUUCAGACCCUGGCUGACCAAGGCAUUGCUGCAACCUUUAUGUUCUCCACCGUGAACAUCGACCACCCUGGCGUGUCCAAUGUAAUUAGGCAGGCUGUGGACGAGGGGCACACGGUUGGGCUCCGAACCAACCCCAUAUACGAUUUCAGCGAAAUGAACGAGACCGAGAUCAGAGAGGCCAUCGUGGGCGAGCUGAACGUGCUUGACGAGGUCUCUGGGCAGAAAACAAAGUACAUAUCCAUCAACCAGCCAGACGUUAUGAACCAGACUGUGCUGCAGGUUAUUGAAGACCUGGACCUAAUUUUAAUCAACUACAACUACGACAUGUACGGCUCAAGUGACGACGACCAGGACGACAUGCUCAACAGGUGGAAGCUGAAGCUGAAGUCUGUGCGCCCGCAGUCCUCUUCGUACAUUGUUCUCCAGCACGACCAAAGAGAGUCUGAGCUGGGAAUUGUCCCGGAGGUCGUUGACAUGGGUAGCGCCGCAGGAUACAGCUUUGUGAACAUCGAAGACUGCCUCAGCGGCGUCUCCAUGGACGGGCCUGCAGGGGCAGCCGGCGCUGGGUCCUCUUCCGACAGGUCGGAGAGAACUGGAACAGACAGAAAGAAUAGCGCAAUGUCUCCCAUUCUUCUCAUGGGCUGCAUGUCCAGCAUAUUUUUCCUGUAG